AUGCAACAGACACAAGCAGAAUCACCACAAACCCAACAUCUCCCAGACCGCGACCAACCCCCGAAAAGCUGUCAAUUCCUCAUUAUCAACUUCAACAUCAAUGCUACUGAAACUCAGUAUGCAAAUUGUUUCACACCUGAAGAAAUGUUACCUGAACUUAUAAAGCUCUUACAAGAAUUUCAAUAUAAUGGAGUCUCACCUGCUUCUAUCUCAUACAACACUGCGGGCGUUUGUGUGGUAGCUCACUUCGAGGAUGAACAAUGGGAAAGGAUCUUUGGCCUGACGCCGCCCAGACAUCAUCAGGUAGAGUCAACUUUAGAUCGAGAUUAG